AUGUCGCGGACAGAGUUGCAACACUCCGAUUCGAUGGAGCGAGAGGAUCCUCAGAACGAGGGAAAGAAGAAGCAGAAGAGCAGGCGUCCUGCGAACACCGCAUUCCGACAACAGCGGUUGAAGGCAUGGCAACCGAUUCUCACUCCGAAGACUGUCCUCCCCAUCUUCUUUGCAGUCGGUAUCAUCUUCGCCCCGAUCGGCGGGCUUCUACUCUGGGCCAGCGCAAGUAUCCAAGAACUCAGGAUUGAUUACACCGAUUGCAACGCUACUGCGACCAACCAAUUUACUCAGAUCCCCGAGUCCAAAGUGCACUCGUCUUUCAAGAACUCCAACAGUACAGUGAGACCGCAAUGGAAGAGAACGCUGAAUACAACCACACCGCCAUGGAGCGUCACAAUCCCCAACACACCAGUCUGUACCUUGCAGUUCGACAUCCCGAAUGAUAUCGGACCGCCGGUCUACCUCUACUACCGUCUCACGAACUUCUACCAAAACCACCGAAGAUACGUCAAGUCUCUUGACACAGAUCAGCUCAGCGGCGACUUUAUCAGCAAUAGUACCAUCCAUGACAGCGCCUGCAACCCUAUCAAGACGAACAACGAAGGCAAGGCCUACUACCCCUGUGGUCUCAUCGCAAACUCCAUCUUCAACGACACUCUAAACUCGCCUCGACUGGUCAAUGCAGCAGGCAAUGAGCCAGCUCAGCCAUACCGCAUGACCAACCGAAGCAUUGCUUGGAGUUCCGACGCCUCUCUGUACAAGAGGACCAAAUACACCAAUUUCGACGUGGCGCCGCCCCCGAAUUGGGUCAAGAGAUACCCUGAUGGCUAUACUGCGGAAAAUCCCAUUCCCGACCUUUCCGAGUAUGAGGAGUUUCAGGUUUGGAUGAGGACAGCUGGUCUGCCCACAUUCAGCAAGCUGGCUCUGCGGAACGACAAUGAGACUAUGACGGCCGGAAUCUACCAGAUGGAGAUCUAUGACUUCUUCCCAGUCACGGUCUAUGACGGCACGAAGAGUAUUCUGAUCUCGACGAGAUCAGUAGUGGGUGGAAAGAACUCAUUCUUGGGCAUCGCUUACGUCGCCAUUGGCGGGUUAUGCAUUGUUCUGGGUGCGCUGUUCACUGUUGCGCAUUUGAUCAGACCAAGGAAACUCGGCGACCAUACCUAUCUGUCUUGGAACAACGCCUCUCCGGCUACCGGAAUCGCAAAGUACCGCCCCAUCAACAGAUCUUGCGGCGCCCCUCCACCGACAGCGGAGCUGCUCGCCACACAUCAAUUUCUGCAAGAAAACGAGCCGUUGGAAAAUGAGCUCUGGAACAUCUCCUCCAUCGAGUAUCGACACUCCUCGAGCCUCUCACGCCGCCAAGCGCUUAUCCCACUGUUCAUCAUCGACACAUACAUGCACAUCGUCUCCGAUACCGCCACAUCCUCCCCGAGCAGUCCCAACUAUAUAAGCGACAGCAUGAUCCAGAACCAGUUUGAAUAUCUCGCACAGGCAUACACCAACGCCAGUAUCGGGUACAGGCUGGCUGGCGUGACCAGGGUCACCAACGACACAUGGGCAUCCAACGGCGAUGAUCUCGCCAUGAAACGGGCGCUUCGGCGUGGAACCUACUCAAGUCUGAAUAUUUAUUAUCAAUCCCUGCUCCAGGCUGGGGCCAACACGCCCGGCGUGCCUGCCGGGUCCACCUUGCUGGGAUUCUGCUCUCUCCCCGCGUCGGGCGUCACCCCGUCGACUCGCGUGGAUCAGUACAUUGUCGAUGGCUGCAAUGUGCUCAGCGGAACCAUGCCGGGAGGGAAUAUGCAAGGAUAUAAUCUCGGAGGUACUACCGCGCAUGAAGUCGGCCAUUGGAAUGGCCUCUUGCAUCCUUUUACGGGGAAUAGUUGUGCCGAGGGGGAUUGGGGUGAUUAUGUCGCGGACACGCCGCAGGAGAUGACGAGUACGAAUGGCUGUCCUGUGUAUAAAGAUUCGUGUCCCAGCUCGGGCAUCUCGUCCACCGCGUAUACCGGGCUAGCCAGCCAGGGUAACAACCCUUACGGUCCGCAGGGAUAUUCGGGAGUUGAUCCGAUCCACAAUUUCAUGGAUUACUCUAGUGAUGCGUGUUAUCAGGGGUUCACGGCCGGACAGGGGGCGAGGAUGUUGAAUGUCUGGAAUAUAUAUCGGGCGGGACGGUGA